AAAUAAAUGAGAAGGAAGUGUAACUGCCGAUUUUAUAUUUGAAACAAACUUAACGACUUAGCAAGUCCACUCCACAAGCAUUCAAACCGGAAUCCUUCCGUUUCUAUUGCGCAUCUGCUUGAUUCGUGAAUUGGAUCAAUGGAGAGCAGUCUGCCGAUCACUGCCACCAAAUCGGAUAGACGAUCCAAAUCCAAGAAUCUCCAAUCUACCUCCAAGUCUUCUGUUGUACUUGCAUUUCUCUCUUGCCUCGCCUGGCUCUACGUUGCUGGCCGUUUGUGGCAAGAGGCAGAGAGCCGAAAGAUGCUGGAAAAUUUGUUGGAGAAGAAUUCUGGAUUCAUACGAAAUAAACAACCUAAGGUGAUCACAGUGGAAGACAGACUAAUGGUCUAUGGAUGCAAGGACUUGGAGCGAAAAAUUGUUGAAGCAGAGAUGGAAUUGACAAUAGCAAAGAGUCAAGGCUUUCUUAAGAGCCAAGUGCAGCCUUAUUCUGGUAGAAAGCUGCUUGCUGUAAUCGGUAUAUAUACUAGUUUUGGUGGUCGAUUGCGGCGCAAUGUCAUCAGGGGCUCCUGGAUGUCAGAUGCUGCCGCGUUAGCAAAACUUGAACGAAUAGGGAUUGCUGUAAGAUUUGUCAUUGGGCGCAGUCCUAAUCGAGGUGAUACCUUGGACCGCAAUAUUGACGAGGAAAAUCUAACAACGAGGGAUUUCUUAAUUCUCGAUUUUCAUGAGGAGGCUGAAGAGGAAUUGCCCAAGAAAGCAAAAUAUUUCUUUGGCACGGCAGUGCAGAUGUGGGAUGCAGAGUUUUAUGUUAAAGUUGAUGACAAUGUUGAUCUGCGGCUUGAUGAUUUGAUUGAACUUAUCCAGAGCCGCCGUGGUCAAAAUAGUGCUUAUAUUGGUUGCAUGAAGUCCGGGGAAGUAGUAUCUGAAGAGGGAAUGAAGUGGUAUGAGCCUGAAUGGUGGAAAUUUGGUGAUCAGAAAUCGUAUUUCCGUCAUGCCGCUGAUUCUAUCUUCAUACUGUCACAAAAUUUAGCAAAGUACAUACAUAUUAACAGUGCAUCAUUGAAGGUUUAUGCUCAUGGGGAUGUAUCUGUUGGAUCAUGGAUGAUGGGCAUUCACGCAACCUAUAUAGAUGACCCUCGUAUGUGCUGUGGUUACUCGAGCCAAGACAAGGUUUGCUCAUUGGCUUGACAAGGAUUGCUUCCUCAAACAUGUAGAGAAGAGACGCGCUCGCAGAGCUUUAGAUACAGGAUUCUUAGUUUUUUAGCUACCCAAAGCUGCUGCUGCUAUUCUUGGGGUAGUUGAUACCACAAAAACAUACCGAGAUAUCUGAAUUAGGUGGAUUGGAUACAUUCAUAUACUUCUUCUUGCAAUUGUUACUGAUACUGUUAGUUUUACAUGCUAUAUGAAAGUGGUUGUUUUCUGAGCUA